CUACGCGUCGGUUUACCUUCUCCUUUUCUUCCUCUGUGAGGUUUCUUUCCACUCUUAAAAACACCAGAUCAGUUGGUUCUGAUCAAGAACGCACAUUUGAGAUACUGAAUCCAGGAUGGGCUUUGUGGGUUUCUUCUUCAGCUUGACUGUUAGAUGCUUUGAUCUUCUUGCAUGGCCUCUUCUUGCUUUGGGAUAUCCUUUGCGUGCUUCCAUUAUGGCUAUUGAGACCAACUCAGACUUGGAAACAAGGAAGUUGGUGACCUAUUGGAUUGUCUUUUCCUUGAUAUCCCUUUUCGAACAUGCUUUUGUCAAGCUGUUUGAAUGGAUACCAUUAUGGCUUUACAUUAAGCUAAUGAUUGUCUGCUGGUUGGUGAUACCUCACUUUGAUGGUUCUUAUUACGUAUAUAUGCACGUUGUUCGUCCCUUCCUCUCCAUGGACACACAAACUGUCAUCAAGCAGUUGAAAAAGCUGAAGGAAAUCUCUUUUGAAAGAAUGGGUUUCUCCUUAAAGAGAGACAACUUUAUAGAUGAGGUGGAGAAAUUUGUAAAAGAAAACGGACCAGAAGCCUUAGAGGAACUUAUUGCUAGCAAGUCAAAGUUAAAAGAAAAUGUUGUUAAGCAGAAAGAUAUAAAAGCUGUAGAAGCAACUGAAGAUAAGAAAGUUGAUGUAGCUCAGCAGUCAAAGUUAAAAGAUGUUGUUAAGCAGAAAGAUAUCAAAGCUGUAGAACCAACUGAAGUUAAGAAAGCUGAUGUAGCCCAGCAGUCAAAGUUAAAAGAUGUUGUUAAGCAGAAAUAUAUCAAAGCUGUAGAAGCAACUGAAGAUAAGAAAGCUGAUGUAGCCCAGCAGUCAAAGUUAAAAGAUGUUGUUAAGCAGAAAUAUAUCAAAGCUGUAGAAGCAACUGAAGAUAAGAAAGCUGAUGUAGCCCAGCAGGUUUUUCAAACAAAGGUUAAAUCUGCUGAAGCGGACAUCAGUACACAUUCACCAGUUGAAGUCAAAGAACUGCCAUCUGCAACAUCAAUCAGGGUUGAGGUACCGGUCCCCGACAACAUCCAAAAGGAGUGGACUUGUUCUAUUUGUCAGGUGACAACCUCGAGUGAAGCCAUACUUACUUCACAUCUUCAAGGGAGACGACAUAAGGCUACUUUAGAGAAGUUGAGUGCAAAGAACCAGAACUCAAAAAUGAAGGUUCCUCCUGCUUCAGAGGAAAAGAAACCUAGUGUGCCCAAAGUCAAACCAGAGAAGACUGUAGCUAGCAGUCCAAUGGUGCAUAAGGUGCAAAUAAGUCCAAAUAAUGUGAAGUGUGAUGGUGUCGCAACUAGACAACCUGGAUUAUGGUGCUUUAUCUGUAAUGUAGGAUGCACCGGCAUGAAUAACAUGGAUUCUCACUUCAAAGGGAAGAAGCACUUGACCCGGGUUUCAGAACUUAAUGGAGUUGCAGUUGGUGGACAUUCCUGAUAAGCAGAGGUGUGAAUCUUUAGAAUUACAGGGACUUUAAGAUGGUUAAGAGCAUUUUAGGCUUCUACGGGUUGGGUCAUCGAGGAAUCUGUUAUUGGUUUCCAUGGUAUAUUAUGUUAUGGGAGUAACAUUCAGUUGAUGAGGCUGUAAAUGUGGAGUAGUCAUCAUAUCUGAUCAUAGUUACUAAAUAGUCUCAAUUGUGGCCUCAACUUCAACUCUUGUAUGCACAACUUGGGUUGAUUGGUUUGUUUGGAAAGAUAACAACUUGAUUCAUUUGUUGCCCUUAUUACUGCUUAAUCCUGGUUCUACACAUGUAUUGUGUUGCUACACAACUUGUAUAUUCAAACUUUCUAUGAUCGUUUA